AUGUCAUCCUCCUCACCACCCUCCGUCGAACCCUCAUCUUCCCACCCAUCCCCCUCAUCACCAACCUCCCUCCCAAACAACCCCAAACAAAUCAUCCACUCCAUCCUCAAAAUCACCGAUUCCUACAAUUACCGCCGUCCCUCCCAGUCCUACGAACUCGAAGACGAAGAUCUCACCGCCAUCACAAAUGCUCUCCGAGACUAUCCUAUGUUCGGAAAUCAUGGUGCUACUCAACGUUCAGGUUCUAAUGUACAUGGUGCUUCUGGUGCUGGGGACGGCUUUCUUGACGUUUUUCGUGGUCGUGAUCGUACAGCUCGUCCGCGAUAUGAGAGAGGCGAGGGUGAUGGAGAGCGGGAUUUGGAGGUUGGUAGGGGUGGUGGUGAUGGGGCUGGUGCUGGAUAUGGGGUGGGUGACGGUGUUGGGUUUGCUAAGAGAGAGAUGAGAGGUGAAAAACUCGGGGAUUGGUUUGGAACUGCGCGGGAGGAGGUGAAAGGGGAGACGGGCGAGAACUGGAAGUUUGGAGCAGCGCGGGAGGACGUGAAGUCGUUUUUCGAGGCGGUUAAUGAUAUUAAGGCGUCUGAGUUGGAUGGAUUGGGCAUAUUUUUGACGGACGAAAAGGCUGCUAUGGCCCAGAAAACUCCUAUCCGAGCUGCAAAGCCCAGCCGCACCGCCAGAUCCGUGACGUUUGCAGAGAGUGCGGACGUCUAUAAAUAUGACCCCGACUAUGUACGAUCUAUUUCUCCACCGCAUGAACGUCAACGACUACAAAGCCAUAAUCUCCAAACCUGGUGCGCCCUCCCUGCGAAGCGUGAAUCUCAGCCUGUAAUGUUACGUCCACGAGCUUUCCCAUUCCGCCAGACUGGUCAACCUGUCCCUCAAACAAAAGAAGAAGAAAUGGUCUCAUUCGCACAAUGGCUAGCAUACCAAGAAAGCCGUCGCUUCAAACGUCUCGCCAAACGUUCCGCUGCCAGAAAGCCAGGUUUAGCAGCAAGGAUAUGCGAUCGUCGUAAGAAUCCAAUACUUUCGCUUGCUACGAAGCCAGAUGGAGAGAGGGAGUGGGUAGAUAUCCCAGUCGACGAGACUGAUUUCUCAUCGCCGGGAUGGAGAUGGGGAAACAACGGGGAGCAACGAAUUAAUGCGUUGCUUAACCCAACUCAGCAGGCUCCGUCAACGCCCAAGGGAUUUCGGGAGCCGGACAGUUAUUUCUCUAACGCGGAUGUUCCGAUGUUAUGGGGUUGUGGUGAGGAUACGAGCAGUGUGAUUGCCGAGGUGGGAAGUGCAAUGUCGGACUUGCAUAUUACCGAGUGA